AUGUUGCGACGUGCCCUGUUGCUUUUGGGUGGCAAACCCCCUUUGGUGCGCUGGCGACCCGUUGAAUUGUCACACUUUGAUGUGUGUGUCAUUGGCGCUGGCCCAGCCGGCAUUGCCGCCGCCCUCCGUGCUGUGGAUUACAAAAAACGUGUUUGUCUUGUCGAGGCAAAACGCGUGGGCGGUUGUGACUUGUGGAACGGCGCGCUGCAGUCAAAAGUAAUGUGGGAGAUGUCGAACUUCUUUGCGAAGGCGAAUGGCAGCGGGGCACUGCGGGUGUAUAGCACCGUCAUCUCGAGCUUCAUGGAGCCGGACGAGGAGAAAAUGCGGGAGUCACUUGUCCAAGCCAGCGAAGUGCGGGAGAAGCAGAUCAUCGAGGCACUGCGGGCGGCGAACGUUUCUCUGAUGUACGGCAGGGCAUUCUUUGCGAGCCCACACCAGGUGGAGGUGCGAAACCGAGAAACGAAGGAGUACCACGCCGUCACGGCCGACUACUUCAUCAUCGCGACGGGGUCUACGCCGAAAGAACACCCGUACGUGAAGACGGACCAAAAACGAGUCGUGACAUCCGACGAGUUGAUGAUGAUGCCGCUUCCGAAGAGCAUGGUGAUUGUCGGCGGCGGUGUGCUUGGCAGCGAGUUUGCCACCAUCUACGCCCGCCUUGGCAAGACGAAGGUGUACCUGAUUGACAAGGAGAAGUGCAUCAUGCCGAAGGAGGAUGAUGACAUUGUGGAGAGGAUACAGCAAAGCAUGGAGAACCAUGGGGUGGUGAUUCACCAGGACUCCGUGCUGUAUGACAUGCAGUCAUGGGAGGAGGAUGACGCGGAAAUGCAGGCACACCCAGAGGACCCUACGCAGCGCAGUGGUGUGCGCUACAGUAUCAUGAACCGGCGGACGCGGGAGAUCGAGACGUACGAGGUAGAACGAGCCCUCAUCGCCAUUGGGCGGAAGCCGAAUUAUAUCGGCCUCGGCCUUUACAAUGCGGGUUGUAAAGUGCGGGAGGGGGCACUUGUGCUUAAUCCAUUUGGCAAGUGUGUCGACCAGGAUCAUAUAUACGCCAUUGGGGACGCGGCGAACGACUCCAAGCUGGUGAGUGUCGGGGAGGCAAAGGGGCGACUCGUGGUGGAUCACAUAUUUGGUGUGCAGCAGACGUCACCCCUUCGACACGACUUCACACGACUUAUUUUUCUCACCAUCGCCGUGGCAUCCGUGGGCAUGAAUGAGAAGGAGUGCCAGCGGCAGAGGAUUUCUUACGUCAUGGCGAAGUAUGGGUUUGAACUCUGCAGCCGCGCCGUUGCUGCCGACAACACCGACGGUUUUGUGAAGAUUCUGGCCACGAAUGACAGCAAGAAGACGUUGCUGGGUGUUCGGGCACUGGGCAUGAACGCGAGCACAAUUAUUGAGCUUGCCUCGGCUGCCAUUAGACGCAAUCAAUCGGCGUAUCAACUGAGCGAACUUCUCACGGCAUACCCGUCCGUGUCGCAGGCCUUUCUGGAAUGUCUCCGCGUCAUUUUGGGCUCCUCCACACUGAAGCCAGGCACCUUCCCCGGCCUCGUUUGCCAAACGUGGACACCGCCGGACUACGAACGCGGGCGCGCCUACACGUCCUCCUCUGCGGCGCAAAACCCGCCACGAGGAGACGCGACUUCCCCAUAA